AAAUAUUUGUCGUGCUCACCUUCAUGGCAACAAUGCCCUAUAUGAGGCCUUAGAGCUUAAUGUGGUUGGUGGCCUUUCAAAGAAGAAGAAUUCAGAGUUUGGAGACAGAGUUAGAAGAGUUGAGGGCAAAUGUGGUCACAAGGGUGCAAGAUGGUGGAUAUUGGAGCAACAGUAUACUCAGUUAUUGGAAGAAAGAAAUAGGUUAAGGGCAAGGUUAGCAAAUGAUGAGGAGGAAUUAAGAAGGUUAAGGGCGGAGGAAAGAAGAAGAGAGGAAAAUAAUAAUAAUAGAAAUAGAAUGUCAG